AUGUCGACGAGAAUAGCCCCGGAAUACGACGCACCUGUUGCGAUCGCUCCAGCCCCUGCAGGGCACUCCGCUGAUGGAGAUGCCUCCAAGACUACCAUGCCUUAUUCUUGCCAGACAUGUGCAAGACGCAAGGUCAAAUGCGACAAAGUAGCUCCCGCUUGCUCCAGCUGCCACAAGAGUAAACUAGACUGUUUCUACCAGGCACCGGUCCCGCGCGCGCAGAAGCGAAGAGUGACGCGCGAUGUGCUGCAGCGACUCGCCCGCUAUGAACAUAUCCUGCGCCAGCACGGUUUAUUACCACAUGAGGCACAUGAGACAGCCAUCCCAUCUAGUAAGAAGAACACCGGAAUAGAAGAUCAAGUCGCCUCCUUCCGUUGGGACGACAACGGAGCUCCUAGAACUGGAAAAUUAGUCGCGAGUAAAUACAUUGAUAGCAAUCUCUGGCACGACUUAGGGGAUGAGGAGAUUGCAUAUGCUUCCACCAACGGGGAAGGAUCAGGCGAUGACGAGGAAUACGAAUUACAGGACGCCGAGGAAAAUGAAAGUAUGAACCUUCAUCUGAGCAUUGGAGACAACAUAUCGGAUCCCCUCUGUGGAGCGUUUCUAGGUUCUCAGCAAAACCUUCUCCAGUAUCAUCCAACGCAUGAAAAUGCGAUGAUCAUGUGGAAGGCCCAUGCCGAGAACGUGGAACCUAUUUGCAAGAUCCUUCAUAUUCCCUCUACCUUUGAGAUGUUGGAGAGGGUAUCCCAAAAUCCCUCAACAGCGACAAAGAAUGAGGAGUGCCUAAUAUUUUCCGUCUACCAUUUUGCCGUCUUUUCUAUGAAUGAUGGCCAAUGUUUUGAGAAGUUGGGCCAGCCACAGUCCAGACUAAUGAAAGAGUACCACUUCGCUACAAGACAAGCACUGGUCAAUGCAUCCUUUCUAAAAACUACCGAGAUGUCUGUGCUGCAGGCACUAGUUCUGUUCUUACUUUCAUGCCGCUAUUUCUAUGAUCCUUCCACAUAUUGGAUCUUGACUGGCGUGGCGAUCCGUAUCGGGCAACGUAUCGGGCUUCACCGAGACGGUGAGAAACUCGGGCUACCACCAUUUGAGGUUCAGAUGAGACGCCGUUUAUUCUUUCAGCUCCUGCCCCUUGAAGGAAUCGCAAGCCAACUCUCUGGAACGGGAAUCACUGCCGUGCCUGAUCAUUGGGAUACGCUCCCUCCCCUAAACAUCAACGACGACCAGAUCUGGCCCGGCAUGACAGAGAAGCCACAAGAGCAGAAGGGUGCAACAGAUAUGAUAUUCUGCAUGGCUCGAUCAACUGUGGGCAGCUUUCUAGCCAAAACUUCAGGAUGGCUCCAGCCCGCAGGAUCACACCAAGCUCAGAGUUUUGACGAGGCAGAGAAGAUCAUAAACGAGGCAGAGAGCGCGGUUGAGGAGAGCUACAUCCGAUACUGCGAUAUUCUCAACCCGUUACACUUUCUAACAGUUGGAUCGAUCAGAUCAGCUAUUACGGCGAUGCGACUUCGAAUCCGCCUCCCCAGAGCGAGGAACAAUACCGCCAGUGAGACUGAACGGAGGGAAAUGUUCAAGCUAUCACAGAAGAUUCUUGAUACAGAUGCAGCUGCAUAUGCACAUGCAAGCCUGGGCAGAUAUCUCUGGCACGUGAAGCCCUUCUUCCUCUGGGGCUCAUGGGACUCUCUCAUUUAUACCCUGACCAGCCUCCGUGAAGCGGCUGAAUGGUUGGCGCCAGCGGACAUUGACGAUGCUUGGACUCGGGUGUCACAAGUCUACGCCAAUCAUCCGGAUCUUCUCAGGCCUAAACAACCUUUGCACGUAGCUUUUGGGCGGCUAACGCUCAAGGCUUGGGAUGUAAGCCAAUCAAGCAACUCCAAGAAUAAGGAACCUGAUUUCAUCAAAUCGUUGCGGUCGUCGCGCAAAACCGAGGUUCAAACUCGUAAAGGGUCGAAGAUGCCUAAUUUUAAAGGACCUUCGGGAGGUUCAGCCCCUACUUGUAAUCCUAUAUCAUCUCUGGCAGAAGGAUUUGAAAACACACCCUCUGACAACUCUUUGGAUGCUAUCGCCCUUGAUGCGAGCAAUGGCAUGGACGUUGACUUGUCCGACUGGGUGUUUUGGGAUCAGUUAUUGCAUGAUUAUCAGGCUCAAGGGAACCAAUAA